GGAGCAAAAUGUUCCACCAUUAACCAUUAGACAUAAAAGAUCAAAAUCAGCUUUAGGUAAUCUAGAAUUUGGUGGAUCCAAUAGAGCUUUUUCCAAUUUUUCAUUUGAAACAGUUGCUUCUGAAGUCCAAUUACACUAUAGUUCUAAUGGAAAAGAAAAACAAUUAGUUGGAAAUAGAUAUCCUUUGAAAAAUUUACCAAGAACAUAUACUGAACAAAAUAAAUCCGUUGUUGAAUUAUGUGAUGAUACCAUGAAGACAACGAGACAAGUUUUAGAUGAUUUGAAAAGACAAAGAACUAUAUUGAUGAAGAAACAUGCUGAAGCAAUGAAAUCUAAAAAAAAUGAUGAAAAAAGAUUAUCAAAUGUUCGUGAAUUACAGGCAAAUUUGAUGAGAAAGACAAGACAAAUUAAAAACCUCAAUGGUAACUCAAGACCUAAAAGUUAUGUUUAUGGUGAAGAUCCAACAAGAAUUUUACAACAAAGACAACAAUCUGAUUCAGAAAACUAUUUUGAUUAUCAAAAUAAUCAAUCAUAUAACUUUGAAACUUUUAUGAGAUCAAAAAGUUCAACUGCACUUAUUUAAUAAUUAAUGAAAUGGACCAAUCAAUAAAGUAUUUCGACGUAGUUACAUCCUACAACCAACGAAUCAUUAAUAUGCC